CAUUUUGCUUUAUUUUGUCAGGCAUCGAUAAAAAAACCUCCUCUCACUAAUAACGAUCAAAAACAAAACUCUAAACUGCUGCCAACUUCUCAGCUACCUAAAAGAAUAAUUUAGGUAGAAAAUUUUCAUUUCUUAAGAGGAUGAAAUAAAUUCCUGGCAAUAAUUUUAUUAAUAAAUUCGAGAUUUCUUUCCUAAGAGUUUUUGAAGAAGCGAUUAAGAAAGAGAAUGAAAACGCUUAACGUUUUAUGUGUUGCUCUGUUAUUUUCAGCAACUUGUGGAAGCAACAUAUUUACAGAUCUAUCAGGAAAUACUGAAGAACUUUUAAAACAAUCAUCACUGGAGCAAGUUAUGGAAUUCCAAGAUGUGGAGGAAGGGAAAAUGAUGCUUCAAAAUCUCACUCAAGAUAACUGCGAUUGUGGACCGAGAGGCAAAGUCUGCGAGUAUGUGAAAGGGCGUAGAAAAUGUAUAUGUGACAAGGGUUACGCCGAUGACAAAGGUGUAUGCCAAAGAUGCAAUUGUGAGAUACCUGGCCAAAUUUGUUCUUUUGGCUGGUUAGAUCGUUACUGUAGCUGCCCGGAUGGAUACGAAGAGAGGUAUCAAGAGUGUCUAAAAUGCGUCUGCGGUCCAAAUUCAAAACUUUGCUAUUUUAGCAGUUUCAAUGGGGAGAAACGAUGCAGUUGCGAAGAUGGAUAUGCGCAGAUGUUUGGAGGAUGCCAGAUAUGCGACUGUGGAACGAAUUCAACAAGCUGUGAGUUUGAUGAAAAGGGAGAUAAAAAAUGCGGAUGUGCGGAAGGAUAUUCCGUAAUGCAAGGAAAAUGUAAAGAAUGCAGCUGUGGUGACCACGGAAAGUGUACUUUCGACGGCGUAAUCAAAUCCUGUACCUGUGAUAAAGGAUAUGCUGUCAAAAAUGGAAAAUGUGAAGCAUGCGACUGCGGAGUAAACGGUGACUGUAUUUUCGAUGAAAAUGGAAAAAAGACUUGCCAAUGUUAUAGGACUUUUGAGGAAUACAAUGGAAUAUGUGUGUGUAAGUAUAAUUAUAUUUCUAUGGAAUAA